CCUCACCUUCGACCUCGACCUCGACCUCGGGCUCUUUUCCCUUCUCUUGCCGCCUUGUUGCUGUCGCCGCCAAAUCGCUGCGAGCGCCGCCUCUGCUCCCGCACCGCCAAAGCAGGCACCGGGCUCGUGCGACACACGCCAGGGAACAUCGGGAACGCACGCACUCUGCCAGCUUCCUUGUCGUUCGCCGCGGAGCCUCGGCGGCGCAAUGUGAGCUUCUUCUAGGCCUGUGUUCCGCUGUUCCUCACCAGCCCGAUCUGCGCCUCCGCCUCCGCCUCGCCUUCGUUUUUGACUUUUCCUGCUUGCGCAUCCGCCGACCUUCCUCGGUGCUUAAGCAUCAAUCCGUUUGUUUUUUGAUCUCAGCUGCAACCAUUCGUGUCGUGCUUAUCUUUGCCCAGCUCGACCGCUAGAAGGGACGGCCUACACCAGAUAUUCGCCGGCCCCCGUUUGGCAGCCCGCGAAAACCACCCGACACCACGCCAGUUUCCCUCGCGCCGGUGAUACCACACCUACCUCCUUCAUCAACGUCCACCCGACAUCUUCGCGGCCAACCCUCCGCAGAGGGGCCUUGCAUCAUGGUCUCGGACGAACAUUACGAACUAUGCCUGCCUAUAUUGCAGGAUUCUACUCUCGAGGAUGAGGAUAAGACCGACAGACUCGAGGAGCUCCUCAAGAAAGAGACAAACCUCACAGGCACGUCGCUAGACAAUGUCGUACUCGACGCCCUAUGGCGAUAUCGCGAGGCCGGGGGUGCGUCGACUUCCCCUACUCCCAUCAGGCAGUCGAUCCUCCGCCGGCCGUCCCCCGCCUCGUGGCGUGGAUCUCCCACGCCCCUGUCCGGGUCGCCGCGUCUCGGUGUGAGCCCGCUGGCUCCUCCUGGAUUUGUGCCUUCAACAUUUGGCCGGGCCAAAUCGUCAACAGCGUCGCCGUUUUCAUCUCCACGCGCAUCUCCUCGUCUAGCGCUUGCCACGCCCGUCAUCCCCCAUAGCCCGAACCUCAACGCCUAUGAGUUCGCAAGCGACUCCACGCCUGCCACGGAAAUUCUAGGGGAGUACCAGGCCGAGAACGUGGAGUGGCUGGUAAGCGACGAUGCAGCUAGUGUUUCCUCGUCGGUGGGAACUCCGAGCGGUCUCAACGCCGCGGCGCCAGAGUUUUCUUCCAUGUCGUCGCAGCAGAUCGACAUGUCUCCGUACGAUAUGCUGCGGUCAAUACUCGGACAGGCCCGCACAGACGAAGAGAUCGAGUCCGCCUUGGCCAUGCAUGGGUAUGACCUAAGUGCCACUAUCGCUGCAAUCAUGGAGGCCCAGGGCCAGGAAGGUGGCUUGGCACCUGUGCCCGUUGAUGAACCCAAGGGCGUCUUGAUCGGCAAGUCAAUCUACUCGGAAGGUCGCCCUUCAACACCCUCUGGUCCUCAGAAGUCUGGCGUCAUAUGCAAAUUCUUCAUGUCCACGGGUCAAUGUCUCCGUGCGGACUGCCGCUUCAGCCACGAGCUGAGCAGCCAUUUAUGCAAGUAUUGGGUGACGGGAAAUUGCCUUGCUGGCGAUACUUGCAUCUUCUCACACGACCCUUCAAAGCUGCUAAGCAAGCUGUCGCUCGAGGACGCUAGUACCAACAAGGGCCAAGGUAACCCCCAGCUACAUGACCCGAACUCCUUCCCAGCCCUCCAGCAAGACAGCCCGUCUUUGCGGCCCGCGACUUUGGCUGUUGCAUCAUUCAACCCCCCGCCCGGCCCACGAAGCAUUCAUGGCACGGAGAGCCCGCGGCUAAGAUCCCGGCCUGGUAGCCGUCAGCAGGCUAAGGACAUCACCACGUCUGCUCCAGCUAUAGAUGAUAAUGAGGCCUUUCCAUCCCUUGGCUCCGUGUCCGUUCGGCAAGGGAAGAAACAUCACGGGAAGCGAGGCGGUCACGGCCACAACCACAAGGAGAAUCUUGCCCCAAGCUCGCUAGCGGACAUUGUCAAGCGGUCGCCAUCGCCCGUCCCGGGCCCGUCCCGUCCCGAGUCCAGGAGGUCUGGGACGAACGGAGCUGCAACCUCUGGCCGGACUGGCGAAAAUAGUCCGGCCGCCCAGGCCAUUCCGAGCCCCAAGCACAUCCCCUGGCUGGAAACGGGCGAGCGGGCCAACAAGGCCUACCUGAAGGCUCGCCAAGAAGCUAUCAAGCACGGCGGCCUUCGAAACAAGUUUCUUCAGAGCGCCGCGCAAGCGUGGAACCGUAAUGAUGCGAGAGCCGCCAAGGCCUUGAGCCUUCGAGGACAGAGCGAGAACGAUUUGAUGCGCAAAGCACAUCGGGAGGCGGCGCGCGAGCUCUACGAACACCGGAACAAAGGCGGCCUUGGCAAUUCUUUGGAGAUCUACGUCGACUUGCACGGCCUCCACCCCGAGGAAGCGGUCGAGUAUCUCGAGAAGGUCCUGAUGGAGAACAGCAAGGAAUCCAAACCAGUCUAUGCCAUCACGGGCACCGGCCACCAUAGCAAGAACGGCAAGGAUAAGGUGGGCAGGGCUAUCCGCAAUUUCCUCAACGAAUGGCGGUAUGCGUAUCGGGAGUUCUCUGUGCCGGGGGAUCGCAACAGCAUGGGAGGCAUCUUGGGCAUCGACGGCCGUAGCUGGGACAAGUCGCUCAUGCGAGACGGAGGAGGGGGCGCCGCGCUCAGCGAUGAGAAGGAGGAGGUUGAUAUUCUGAGCCAGGGCGUGGAGAUUGGAGACGGCAAGGUCAGGCUGCUCGUACGGGAUCCCCCCAAGGGCCCAAGCGGCAAGCGGUGACGUUUAGGAACGAAACCCGUAAAAAGAGAAAACCCAGACUUAUCCAGAUGAAGAAAGGACGCUCCACACUAGCUUGCG